UAUAUAAAGACCAUUCCUUGAUCAGUGGAGGCUUAAUCACGACUGUGAAUCAAAGGACGAAUCAAGAUGAAGUUUAACGCUAUUUUAUUGUUAGCACUCCUUUGUAUGAGUUUAUAUCUAUUUGAGUAUUCAAUGGCGCAAGUUAUGCCAUAUCCUGGCGAUUGUACUAAAUAUCAACAAUGCGAUGCUAGUGGUUGUUUUGUAUUAAGUUGUGGUGCUGGCACCGAAUUUAAUCCUGCGAUUGGAACGUGCGAUUAUCCUUUGCAAAAUCGGGAUGGCUGUAAUAAUCGAGGAUGAUGAAUUUUUUUGGAAAUAAAACACACGUUACAUGUGUAAAUAUGUUAUUAGAGAGAAAUAAAGAUAAAAUAAAUGAGAGCGUAUUAUUAUAGAA